UCUCCUACCAGUACAGUAUAUAGUGCAAGAUGGUUUUAUCUAUAAGAAGCCCUGUAUGUCCCUUUGGGAGACAUGCGCAACUCAAGUUUGAUGGUGCGACUGAAGGUUGCUUUGCCAUCCAUGGCCACGGUCCGGUUCUUGCUGUGCUUGCUGGUUGCAUGGUGUUGCGCGGCUCUCGUCAUCCUUGUCCCUCCAGCGCACGCACGUGUUGGGCUGGUGGGUGGGUUCGGCGGUCGCGAUAACCCGGCUGCCGCGGGAUUUCUCCAUGUGGGAUCGGAGUCCAAGCAGCAGCAGCAGCCGCGCGGCGGCGGCGGCAGCAGGUAUGCGUGGUGGUCGCCACCGGCAUGGAACGAGGAGCUGCGGUCGGUACCGGCUGGGCCGGACCCGCUGCACCACCACGGCAGCCCGAGGCGGCCGGAGCAGGAGCCAGAGCACCUCCCGUGAGGACAAAUAAGCAAUCCGCGGGCACGCCAUUGGCCCCUUUCUGGGAUGUGAUGUACAAACACGCGUGUUUCAUGCUUUGCCGUGAUGUACCAACAAUGCGUUCGUUUGGUGUUUUGAACAAGAGUAGUCCAUGCCCUCCCUCCGAUUUUCAUUACUAGCUAUACCAGUCUCGUUGUUUCACUGUACGUUAGCAUUUGUGAUCGAUGCGGUGCGUCAUCGACUCGUCGGCCCGUGGAACUGGAUAUAUCCGUGCCCUCAUAGUGAAGUCCUUAGAGCAACUCUAGCAGACAGUUUAUAUCAAACACCUGUAUGGUCUUUUACGUA